AUGUCUUGGAGAAUACGGAGGAAGUCCUACCUUAUAUCGAGUACGCAACAUAUGAUCCACAUCAAGAUCGCUUAUCCAAAAUUUAGAAAGAGAACAAAGUGGCUGCAAGAUAAGCACAAUAGCACUUUCAUUCAAUGGCUACGCUUCAAGGUUCAAAGUGAACUUAAUGAGGAAGACAAUCAUGGCGUAUCAGAAAAUUUAAGGUGGCUAACAGCUGGUCCAAACAUGGCAGUGCCAUCAUAUAGGAGCUAUCUUAUUAAAGGUAUUAAAUUUAACAUCAAGGCACAAGAUGAUGUGCGGACAACUCAAAAUAGUGGAGUUUAUUACUUGCACAUACCAUGCAAGUUGCUAGUGCCAAGGAUAAAAACCCAAUUCUCUCAAAUAUGGGUUUCUAUGGUGUCAUUCAAGAAAUUUGGGACCUUGACUACCAAAAGUUUACAAUCCCAGUCUUUAGGUGUGAUUGGAUAG